GCACCGGAUGCGGGGUCCAUCGCGGAACAGCUACGCCAAGAAGCGUGCGGGAAGCUGAAGAGCUUGGCAGAGUACAGCCCUGCUAUCCGUGCAUGUGGAAAACAUUCCGCUUGGCAGUGCGCCGUUUGGUUACUCGGGGCGGAAGAGCAGCAGAAGUCGCCUGCUGCGCUGGCUUCCUACACUGCCUGCAUAAGCUUCGCCUGGGCUGCUGCGUGGAGCCUUCUGCAGGACGAGGGCCCAAAUGAUCCACAAGCCCAGCAGGUCGAGCCCAACAUCAUCUCCUUUGGCGCGGUUCUCAGCGCUUGUGAGAAAGGCCAGCAGUGGGAAGGAGCCUUGGAGCUCUUGGAACAGCUCGGUUUCGUCUCUGCGGUUGGGCAAAGCCGGUGCCAAGCAAACAUUUUCACCUACAACGCGGCGGUGCGUGCGACUUCCACAGCGAGGCAGUGGGAGCAUGCGGCUAGGCAAGUGGAUGCGUUGGAUUUGCAGCGAACGGGUGCAAUGCUUGUUGGGGAUAGAGCGGUGAGCUAUGGAAGGGCUGCAUCCAUACACGCGGCCCAGGCCAUCGUGCUCGUGAGCGAGAUGCAUGCCGGAGAGGUCAGCCCCGACAAGAUCACCUACAGCUCGGCCUGCUUGGGUUUACCCGCCGAGAGCUGGCAGAAACAGAUCCAGCUGUUGGACGCACGGCUGAGGUUGGAGGCACCAGGCCUUGGGCGUUUACGCCUCGAUCGCCCACCCCUGGCACCCCGGGAUUUCGUGACCAGGAUGUCGCGGCUGCGCUCAGGAGGCCUGGCCACCAGACGCUUCCUCCGAGCCGCCGCACGGCCCUUGAAGAGGAGCAUUCGUGCCAACACGGCUAAGGCCACCGAUGGACUGCCGGACGCAUUGAAGAGGGCCGGCUGCCGACUUCACUCCGUACCCUGGCUCUCCGAGGGCUUCUUCCUCGAGGGAGCUGACAAGCUUGGAGGCAUGAGGGAGCACCUCAGCGGGGCGAUGUAUUUCCAAGAGGCGACCUCCAUGCUGCCUGCCGAGGUGCUCCGAAGAGCCUGCGACCAGCUUGCACCAUUGGAGAGGAGGAAAAGGCCUCUUCUGGCUUUGGACCUGUGCGCAGCGCCUGGCAGCAAGUCCACGCAGCUGCUGAACUGGCUGGCCGAGAGGGGCGACGGCAGCUGCCUAGUCGUGAAUGAGCUCGAUGCAGAUCGAUCUCAGAAGCUGUACGAGAAUCUCUUGAAGUCGGGGUCCACGCAAUGGCUCCAGUUGCGCGGCCUGGGGGAGGAUCUGGGCCGGAAAUUGCCGGAGGUCUUCGAUGCCGUGCUGGUGGAUGCACCCUGCUCUUGCGAGGGCAACAUCCGCAAGUCGCCCUUGUCCUUGCUGGAGGCAGACCGGGAUGAACAGACCCGGGUCGUUGGGACGCAGCUCCGCUUGCUGCGCAGCGGCUGGGGAGCUUUGCGGCCGGGGGGCUGCCUCGUCUACUCGACCUGCACCUUCAACUACUACGAGAACGAAGGACUCUGCCUCAGCUUUUUGCGGGGCCUCGGCUCCAAAGCUCACCGGGCUCACUGUGUGGAUGCAGCAUCCCUGCUAUCGCUUCCGGCUGCCGUCGCCUCAGAGGUUCGUGCACGAGCUGAGGGCAACGGAGCUCUGGAGGAGGAGCUGGGCGCCUUGCGCAUUUUCCCAGAAACCUUCGAUGCAGAGGGGUUCUAUGUCUGCUGCUUUCAGAAGGGGCUGGACAAAGAGGAGCUGGUGCAGGACGUUCCUGCAAGCUCCUGGUCUGCCACUGCCUUGGGAGCUCACUUCGAGCUGGAAAGGCUGUCCAAGGCAGACGGGCGAGCUGUAGAAGAGAAGGCUCGAGCAAAAUUGGGCUUCUGGCCCGCUUCUUGCAAGCCGCAUGAGGUGCCCAGUCAGUGGCGCGGCGCUUCCGGAAUUUGGAUGCUCCCUCAACUUCCUGCAUCUUUGAACCCGGCCCUGCCUCUCGCUGUCCGGCCGGGCAUCUUUCUGGGGGAAGAGGUCGGAUCCGAAAUCGAGUUGUCGAGGGACUUCCUCUUGCUGGCAGGGCAGCGUGCCGCUGUGGCAGCGGCCAAGAU